CAUACCCGUGAAUCGCACCUCAAAACAAACACAACCCAUCCCAGACACAUACACACACUCACUCACUCACUCACUCACUCACCAUGGCGGCCACUCAAGACUACAAAUUCGAAGGGUGGAUGGGCCUCGACAAGGACGCUGCCAAGGGUAACAUGAAAUGGCAAGAGUUCCAGCCCAAGCCUUUCGAAGAGACCGAUGUCGAUAUCGAAAUCACCCACUCCGGUAUCUGCGGUAGUGAUAUCCACACCAUCAGCUCCGGAUGGGGAGAGGCCAAAUACCCCGUCUGUGUCGGUCACGAAAUCGUCGGCAAGGCCGUCCGCGUCGGUUCCAAGGUCGAACGAGGCAUCAAAGUCGGCGACCGUGUCGGCGUCGGCGCGCAAAACUCCUCCUGCUUGAAGCCCGACUGCGAAGAGUGCUCGGCCGGAAUCGAGCAGCACUGCACGGGCAACGUCGGCACAUACAACUCGGUCUACCCGGAUGGUAGCAAGUCAUACGGCGGCUACGCGACAUACCACCGCGCACCCAGCCAUUUCGUCUUCAAGAUCCCCGAUGCUAUUCCCAGCCCGGAGGUAAAGGCAGCACCCAUGCUCUGCGGCGGCGUCACCCUCUACGCCCCCCUCUCCCGCGAAGGCUGCGGCCCAGGCAAAAAAGUCGGAAUCAUCGGCGUCGGCGGGCUCGGGCACUUCGGCAUCCUGUUCGCCAAAGCGCUGGGCGCCGACCAGGUGGUGGGGAUCUCGCGGCGCAACAACAAGCGCGAGGACGUGAUGAAGCUCGGCGCGGACGCGUACAUCGCGACCGAGGACGAGCCGGACUGGGCCGACAAACACGCCCGCAGCCUCGACCUGAUCAUCUCCACCGUCUCCUCGCCCAAGAUGCCGCUGAUGGACUACUUCAAGCUGCUCAAGACCCGCGGCACCUUCAUCCAGGUCGGCGCCCCGGAGGACAACCUCCCGGCCACCAACGCCUUCGCCUUCAUCGCCAAGGGCGUCAAGUUCGGCGGCAGCAUGAUCGGCUCGCCGGCCGAGAUCGAAGCCAUGCUCGCGCUCGCCGCCGAGAAGAAGGUCAAGCCCUGGAUCAACGAGUACCCCAUGAAGGAGGCCAACCAGGCCAUCCUCGAUUUCCAGGAGGGAAAGCCGAGGUUCCGGAUCACCCUGGUCAACUAGGAAUACCUCCCCAAUGAUGGAGAAAGGAAGGGGCAUCUGCAAAGAGAAUGUGAAAUUUGUAACGAGACAUGGCUGUAGAAGUAGAAGAAGAAGAUGUAGAAGAAGAAGCGAUAUCAUAAUUGACAGUCCGAUUGGAGUAUAUUCCCCGAGAAUGAACCCUCUCCCCCUGAAGUACCGCGACCGAUCCCCUCCGCCGUUCUGUUCGUUUGGAAUCCCAUGC